AUGCAUGGCCAGGGCCAGAAAGUGCAGAAGGGGAGGGUGCAGCCCAUCAACCUCAUCUGCAGACCCUUGCAGAAUAGCUCUCCAAUUUGGGUGUGGCUUUAAGGGUAAGUGACCUUGCAGAUGGAGGGUUUCGAUGAGUAUAUGAACCUCGUACUAGAUGAUGCAGAAGAGGUUCAUUCUAAAACAAAGUCAAGAAAACAACUGGGUCAGAUCAUACUAAAAGGAGAUAUUGCUCUGCUCCAAAGUGGAAAUGACUAAUAACAUGAGAAAUUGUUGAGAAGGCAAUACAGGUUGUGGUUUUUAGGUGUCCUUUGUUGGGAGUAUAGUUCUUAAACAUUUAUUCAUAUUGCUUUGAUUACCCUUGUGUUAUUACCAGAUGGCAAU